AUUUUUUACUGUCACAAUUUUUAAAUUUGAACUUUAAUAAUGAAUGAAAAUGAAGUCAAAAAUAUAACUAAAGAUUUUCGUGAUAUAUUUUGCAAUAACAAGAAGAAACAGACAUGUGAACUUCUUAAUUUGUAUGAAGGCAUCACUUGCGAAUGUAUGCACAAAUCACGAAUACAAGAAGUGCAAGGCAGAAUUACGUGGUUCCAAAGGAUGGUGUGUUUCUACCAGUUGGUCUUGGCCUUUUUUGGUCUGAUAAUAACCUUAGCCGCAUAUGGAUUUUGGCUAAGUAGUCAAUACACCAGAUCAACCAUUUAUAGCACCUGCGCCACUUCAUUCUUUUGGCCAUAUACUAGUUGUCCACUGGCCUAUUAGCCAAUUACGAUAUAUUUAUGUAUUUAUAGAUUUAUUUUUCUUCAUAUUUUUAGUAAAUUUUUUAUCUAGUGAAAGUAAAA